AACCCGCCAAUGCCGCCAUAAUAAGAUUCCUUCGUUUCUCUCAUAACAUUAAUAAUACUCUUACAAUACCAAAUUCAUCAUUAAACACUCGUUAAUUAGGGUUUAAUAACUUAAUUACAAUGGGAGUACCAGCAUUUUACAGAUGGUUAGCAGAGAAAUAUUCAAUGGUUAUAGUUGAUGUAAUUGAAGAAGAAGAAGCGGUUAUUGAAGGAAUUAAAAUUCCAGUUGAUACGAGUAAACCUAAUCCAAAUAAUAUUGAAUAUGAUAACUUGUAUUUGGAUAUGAAUGGUAUUAUUCAUCCUUGUUUUCACCCUGAAGAUCGACCUUCUCCAACCACAUUCGAUGAGGUGUUCCAUUGCAUGUUUGACUACAUAGACAGGCUUUUCUCAAUGGUGCGUCCUCGAAAGCUGCUAUAUAUGGCUAUUGAUGGUGUUGCACCAAGGGCAAAAAUGAACCAGCAAAGAUCUAGACGUUUCAGAGCAGCAAAAGAUGCAGCAGAUGCGGCAGCCGAGGAGGAAAAGUUGCGUGAGGAAUUUGCGAGGGAGGGUAGGAAGCUUCCUCCUAAACAGGCUUCCCAAGUUUUUGAUUCAAAUGUAAUCACUCCUGGAACCCAAUUCAUGGCUACAUUGUCGGUCGCUCUUCAAUACUAUAUUCAUCUUAGAAUAAACCAUGAUCCAGGAUGGAAAAAAAUUAAGGUUAUACUUUCUGAUGCAAAUGUUCCUGGUGAAGGUGAGCAUAAAAUUAUGUCCUAUAUCCGCCUCCAAAGGAAUCUUUCUGGUUAUGAUCCAAAUAUGCGUCAUUGCCUUUAUGGUUUGGAUGCAGAUUUAAUUAUGUUGGGUUUGGCUACGCAUGAAGUUCACUUCUCCAUACUCCGAGAGGUCGUAUUUACUCCAGGCCAGCAGGACAAAUGUUUCCUUUGUGGUCAAAUGGGUCAUUUAGCUGCAAAUUGCGAAGGAAAGGCAAAGCGAAAAGCAGGGGAGUUUGAUGAGAAAGGAGAUGCUGAGGUUGUGGCAAAGAAACCAUUCCAGUUCCUCAACAUCUGGACUCUGCGGGAGUAUCUGGAAUAUGAUCUGAGAAUUCCCAAUCCUCCCUUUGUGAUCGAUUUGGAGCGUAUUGUUGAUGACUUCAUAUUUAUGUGCUUCUUCGUUGGCAAUGAUUUUCUACCACAUAUGCCCACACUUGAGAUUCGCGAGGGUGCAAUAAACUUGUUGAUGUCUGUUUAUAAGAAGGAGUUUAAGUCGUUGGGAGGGUAUCUGACUGAUGCAAGCCAGCCAAACCUUGGCAGGGUAGAAUCUUUUAUUCAGGCGGUAGGAUUAUAUGAAGAUAAGAUAUUCCAAAAGAGAGCUCACUUACAUCAGAAACAAUCUGAAAGAAUCAAGCGUGAAAAGGCGCAAGCAAAAAGAGGAGACGACUCUGCACCUCGAGCUGAACCUGAAUCUCUUGUUCCAGUUGCUGGAUUCCAUGGUUCUCGUCUUGCUUCAGGUCCUUCACCUUCCCCCUAUCAACAGGGAGGCGCUUCAAAUUCUUGUAGACCUGCUCAGCUUGGGCACACCACGUCUAGUCUUUCCAUCCUUGACAUUAAGAAUGAACCGUCUGACACUUCUGAUGAUAAAAAGACUGCUCGUGCCAGAAAAAACAAAAGGAAAAGAGCUGUUGUCCGUGCCAAAAAAUUUUCACGAUUGAGUUCCGAGGCCACGAUAGGAGCUGCCAUUGUUGAAGCUGAGAAUGACCUUGAAAUUGACGUUUCUGAAAACAAGGAAGAAUUGAAAACAAAGCUAAACAAGUUGCUUCGGGAGAAGAAUGAUAUUUUCAAUUCAGAAAAUCCUGAAGAAGACAAGGUCAAACUGGGACAGCCAGGAUGGAAAGAGAGGUAUUAUGAUGAAAAAUUUUCUGCAAAAACACCUGAGGAAAUGGAAGCAGUACGAAGAGACGUUGUAUUAAAAUAUACAGAAGGGCUAUGCUGGGUUAUGCAUUAUUAUUAUGAAGGGGUUUGUUCCUGGCAGUGGUUUUAUCCCUAUCAUUAUGCACCAUUUGCUUCUGAUCUUAAGGAUCUUGGGCAGAUGAAUAUCACAUUUGAAGUUGGUUCUCCUUUCAAACCAUUCAAUCAGCUGCUGGGGGUUUUCCCUGCUGCCAGUGCUCAUGCUCUACCUGAGCAGUAUAGGAAAUUGAUGACAGACCCAAAUUCGCUCAUUAGUGAUUUUUAUCCUACCGAUUUUGAGGUGGACAUGAAUGGCAAGCGCUUUUCUUGGCAGGGUAUUGCCAAAUUGCCUUUCAUUGAAGAAGUGAGACUCCUAACAGAGGUUGCAAAAGUUGAACAUUCUUUGACGGAAGAAGAAUCACGAAGAAACAGUGUGAUGUAUGAUAUGCUUUUUGUGUCAUUAUCCAAUCCUUUGUCUCCAUGCAUUUUCUCUCUUGAUGAUCGCUGUAAGCAGCUUACAGACAAAGAACGUGUCGAAGUCAAGGAGCGGUUGGACCCAAUAACUAGGUCUACAUGCAGUGGUGGGAUGAAUGGCUACCUAUCCCUUUGCAGCGGAGAUCCUUGCCCUCCAAUUUUUAGAUCACCUAUUGAAGGGAUGGAAAAUAUUACCCAAAAUCAAGUCAUAUGUGCAAUAUACAGACUUCCAGAUACUCAUAAACAUAUAGCUCGGCCAAUGGAAGGGGUUAUUUUCCCGAAAAAGAUGGUCACAUUAGGUGAUAUGAAACCUGAUCCUGUACUGUGGCAUGAGGAAUCUAGGAAGAAACCUUGGGAAAAUGGACGGAACAACCACCAUCACCACCACCACAACCACCACCACCACCACCACCGUGGUGCAAUUUCUGGUCGUCAGCUUGGAGAAGCUUCACGUAGACUGGUGGUUAAUAGUUUGCAGAUGAAAGAAGAUAGGGGUGGACAUGGUGAUUACAGGCGUGCACAUAAUGGUCAGGGACAUGGUGAUUAUAUGCACGCCCAACCAGCGUCCUAUCCUGCUGCACAUGGUCCUCCCGUUCCUUCCUUUCAAACCCAGAGAUACCAAAUUCAUGAAAAUGUACGGCCUAGUUUUGGCCAUUCUACUCGAGAUGCUGGACGUCACCCCAGUAGUCGUGGUGGGCGACCUGUCAACCACAGUAGAGAUUAUCGCGGUCAUGGACAUCAUACAGAUGGAAUGCAGCAAAAUGGGGGACACAGUUAUUCCUUGUAUGCCGGUCAUCCUCAGCACGUGGGCCAAAUACCAGUUCCACCAACUACUAAUUUCCACCAGCAGAGUGGAUAUAACACUUCUACGAGCUAUGAACCUUACGGGGCUGGAAGCUAUAACCAACAAGGUGGUGGAAGGGCCUCUCAAAACCAAAAUGUUAGAGGAUAUCAUCAUCCACAGCCUUCAGGAAAUCAGUUCUCAGCUUUUGGAAGGGGAGGAAGUAGAAGGCCACCUUCAGGGCAUCGUCGAUAGAGAGCCAUUUUAGCCUGGACAAUUUAAGGCUUAGCUUAGUUGCUUGUUGGAUAUGAUGAAUCCUACAAACGACUUCUGUACUAUUGGAGUCAAGAAGAAGAACAAAGAGCUGUUCCUGUCAAUGAUAAUUAUCUGCAGGCCACUUUCUGGUGCUUGUCAUAAAGGUAGUGUGGUAAUUGUAGUUCUUUAGCUCUGUAUCUUUUCUCUAUUCUUUAUUCUAACACAAUGUUAGUGAGUGUCAUCUGUUAGAGCUAGCACAUUAUAUUAUUUGAAAGGUCAAAGUUGGAUGUAUAAAGAUGAAAUUUCUCAUCAAGCCGACUAGUUAAUCUU